AUGGGUCAGAAUACCGAUUUCUAUAAAAAAAAUAUCAUAACAACAUAUAUGAGCGCAUUUGCAUUGAACAGUUAUCCAACGUCACCAAAUCAAAAGAAUAAAAUACAUGAGGAGGAUGAAUUUUUGUUCAUGUUUGAAGAAGAUAACUGCAACGAUUCGUAUGCAAAAUGUGUGCAGAACUAUGCAAAUGAGAAUGAAAAGUUGCAACUCCUAGUGAAUCAUGGUGGACCUAAACGUAAAAAUACAACAAGGCAUUCUGAAAUUGAUCAGGAUAAAGCCUGCCCUAGAACCUGCAAAGGCAGUCUGCGGUUGCUUUCCGAUCAGGAAUUUCUCUGUGAAGACAUAUGUAGCAUUGAGGAUAUAGAUCGAUCAAAAAGGGUUAUCGAGAAAAAGCAGGAGGAAUACCAUAAAUGGAGGUGUUGGUUUCUUGAUUGGAAAAAUCGUGAAAUAGUCCAAAAUGAGGAUAAAACCACAAUUGAACGUGAAGAGACUCUUGAGAAAAUAACUACAAAUUUGAUGCAUUGA